GUGUCUGAGGCGGACUUGACUCCAUUUGUAAUGAAAGAUCUGAUGAGUUGGGUUCAGAUCAGGGCUGCCGCUGAGUCCGCGAGGGCAAUGUAGAGAGGAGCGAUAUUAUGAAGAAGAGAUUACAUCCGUUUUGAACGGAUCUCAGCCUCUGCAGUUGGCGGUGACGGGGAGGCAGCGGAGCGGACAAGCCGCGGUCUGCGCGCAGGGAGGCGGACAGCGGAGCGAGAAACAACCCGAUGAUAUUUCGGAGCUGCACCGGGAAUAUGGUGGAUUUUUGAGAAUCGAAACCGCAACAUUUGGACAGUUGAUUUUUUUUUUUUAAUAAUCUGGUGGAAAUCCAAGCAAGCAAAAAAAAAAAAACACGAGCAGGCUGCAGAGCGCGCAGGAGCAGGAUGAGCGUGUUUUGUGCAUGGAGAGCAGAGCAGUGCAUUUGAGUGGGACAUGGCAAACGGAGGGGACCAGUUCGGCCUUGCAGAGCGUCCGGACUCUGACUGCAUGGAUUCCCCAAAAGAGACCAAACAGGAACAUCCCAGCUACACAUUAAACUCACCAGUUUCCCCGCAGACAGCGUCCAGCCAGCAGGUAUCAGCCUGUACUACGGAUCAGAAUGGGAUGGAGGGAAUCAAAGUUUUCCUCCACGACAGAGAACUUUGGACCAAGUUUGAUGAAGUGGGAACAGAAAUGAUCAUCACCAAGGCUGGGAGGAGGAUGUUCCCCAGUUACAAGGUGAAGGUUACAGGACUCAACCCAAAAACCAAGUACAUACUCCUGAUGGACAUUGUGCCCGGGGACGACCACCGCUACAAAUUUGCAGACAACAAAUGGUCGGUAACGGGGAAGGCAGAGCCCGCGAUGCCCGGGAGGCUCUACGUCCAUCCGGACUCUCCCGCCACCGGGGCUCACUGGAGCCGCCAGCUCAUCUCCUUUCAGAAGCUCAAACUCACCAACAACCACCUGGACCCCUUCGGACAUAUAAUACUCAACUCCAUGCACAAAUACCAGCCUCGCCUCCAUAUUGUCAAGGCGGACGAGAACAACGGCUUUGGCUCAAAAAACACCGCUUUCUGCACCCACGUCUUCCCUGAGACGGCCUUCAUUGCUGUGACGUCCUACCAGAACCACAAGAUUACACAGCUGAAGAUAGAGAAUAAUCCUUUUGCUAAGGGCUUCAGAGGCAGCGACGACAAUGAGCUGCACCGCAUGGCCAAGCUACAAGGUAAGGACUACCCUGUGGUCCCUCGCAGUACUGUCCGUCAGAGAGCCUGCUCCACCGGGAGUCCCUUCAGUGGGGGCGGUAACGCGGCGUCGAAGCCGCGAAGCCCCGCCGUCCCUCCACCGCAGAGCUGUGAGAACGGCUUGCCCACCGCAGCGCGCCCGCGGCGCGUUGAGACGGGCGGCCCCCCCAACUCACUCUUCCACCUGCAGCACGGCCAACAGCCACAAGUCUACCACUGCACCAAGAGGAAAGUGGAGGAGAACUGCUCUUCAGGAAACCACCAGCACCCGUACAAGAAACCCUUCACCAGUAGCUCUCCAAGUGAGGGCGAGUCUUACUAUCACCCCUCCUCCUAUCCUCCCCCUCCACCUGGUCUGUCCGACAUCCCACUCACUGACUCCCCCUACAGCUCAGACAUGGUGCAGCGUCAGGCGUGCAUGUUUGCCAGCUCUGAGCCCAGACUGGAUGAACUCAACUGUACAUCCUGGUCAUACACCUGCCCACUCCCCUCUGCCAUGACCCCCAUGAAACCCUAUCCACCUUACACCCCUCAUCCUCCCUACAGCUCCAGCCCUCAGGGCUCUCGACUCAGCGCUAUAGCCCACCAGAACUCUCCGCCGCUGGGAGAACACAUCGACUACGACCCCUAUCAGAGCCAGAGCUCUGGACCUCCAUCCCAAAGCUCCCAAAACAUUCAAAGCAGGCAGCUCAGCUCUCCGCUCAGAGAGUAUCCUCGCUACACGCGCAACUUGUCUCCUCCUCUCUACCACACCCUAGAGACGCACACACACAUCAGGUGUGGCGUCCCAGAAUGGAGUGCAGCCUCCUAACUGAACCAGAGGACAUACCCGAAAGAGAGAUUCCUCGUCUCAAAUUCAGUGACCCUUCUUUCUGCACUUCUGAAAGAUGCUGCGCCAUAUACGGACUAAAUAUGAUUUUAACUUUGUAAAAUAAUUGUUAAAAGUGUGAUUUUUAUGCUGUGUGAAGAGGUCUCAUUUGUUCCUCGUGUUGCUCCCCUGUGCUGGAUGGAGCAGUGGAUUGUUAAAAACUGUACUUGGACAUCCAUGAAGCGUCAGAAAAAAAGAGUCUGAGCAGCACAAUCAAAGUUGUACCUUAUCACCUUUCCAUAACCCAAAGACUGGUAUCAUCCAACUGUCUGCACUGUGAGCCCUGUUAAGGCCAGGCCGUGAACAGCACUAGGCUGUUUUCCUCUCAAUGAAUCCCACAUUCUUCAUUGUGAACAAUGUAAAUUGUGACACACUGUCAGACAGGCAGUAAUAUUUACUGACCAAAAUAAUCUCAGCUCUCACAGCAGCCUGAGGGAAACUUUUUUUUUCUAAAGUGGAGCAAAGCACAGCUCCAUGCUCAGUCUCAGUGAAGGAGAAAAGGCAUGAGUUUGUGUGUGUGUGUGUGUGUGUGUGUGUGUGUGUGUGUGUGUGUGUGUGUGUGUGUGUGUGUGUGUGUGUGUGUGUGUGUGUGUGUGUGUGUGUGUGUGUGUGUGUGUGUGUGUGUGUAUAAAGUCUAUGUCGGCUCAGCUCAAGGAUACUAUGAGUGCAUUUUCAAUGAGACAGCCAGUAGUAGCUGCAGGCACUGCACCAUAGAAAUAAACAGUUUGUUUAGACCAUGCUACAGGCUGAAGGACCUGUAAACACGGCUUCCACUGCAUUCUGGGUAAAUGCACAACUCAGCGUCACACAGCUGCCACCGCUGUCCUCUCAGUCACCCCCAGCUGACCAAUCAGCUUUCUCCUUGCACUGAGAGCCAGCCAAUGAACAUGCACCUCUCUUUUAUCCCCAGCUGACCAUUCAGAGCUGGAGCGCAGCAUGUGUCAUGUGUGCGUGUGUGUGUUGGCCCAUUUUUGUUUGUUUCAGAAUUAUUCAUGCAUCCAGUGGUGAUCCUUGACAUGCAAGGAUUGCUCAGCAAAUAUAAAGAAUCACAGUGCUGUAAACGUGAUAAUAUUGAUGCACCAACUCGUUAAAA